UUAUACCGUGGCGAGAAAAUGAAGACAACAUCGAACAAAGACUUCGCUUACGCUAUGACCCCGUUGAAAUUCUUGUCAUGGCCCGUAGGAACUUGGCCUUUUCAAGUGCACGACACAUUUUCCCUCACACGUACCAUAUUUUCAGUUUCACUUUUGUUGCUUAUGAUAGCAAUCGUGCAAGUGGAAUUAUAUUUGGACAGAAGCAACGCGGAGAAUAACCUAGAUGCUCUUCUGUUAAUCAAUUGCGGCAUUUUGGCAGUGGCAAAAGUGAUGAGUUUUCGUGUACGUUCCAUAGGACUUGUCUCCAAUUUUAUUUCUGCGGUUAAGGAUUACAACGAAUCAAACGAUGAAGAAAAUCGCGUGAUUAUGCGUCGGCACGCUUACAUGGGUAGAGUUGCAUGCGCUAGUUUAAUAUGUUGCUCGUAUAUUUGCUCCACGCUUUUCAUAACUGUGCCUAUGUUUGCUGGGGAUGAAGAAGAAGUGAUUAAUGUAACGGAAGAAAGUGCAAUAAAAUAUCCUAUGCCAUCUGAAAAUACAUUAAGACUUAUAAAUAUGCCGGAAAAUAUGUACUUCGUGAUUUUUAUCGUAGAAUACUCGAUGCUGCUACUUACGAGUAUUGGGAAUCUAGGUAGCGAUUCAGUGUUUUUCGGUAUUGUUUUUCAUUUGUGCGGCCAAGUGGAGAUCUUGAAACUAGAAUAUAGUAAAUUGUUCAACAAAAAUGAAAAAAUAACGGAACAUUUUGUUUUAUUAAUCAAAAGGCAUAUUUAUUUGUUGAAUCUGAGUAAGAUGCUGAAUGAGACAAUUGGUACUAUUCUGCUCAUCCAACUUUUUUCAAGCUGUGUUCUUAUAUGUACAACUGGAUUUCAAUUUAUUCUCGCUUUGGCCAUUGGAAAUAUUGUCUUGACGACAAAAAUACUUUUAAUAAUGAUCGUACUCUUGAUACAAUUAUUCGCAUACAGUUAUGUGGGUGAAUAUUUGAAGACUCAAACUGAAAGCGUCGGUAAUUCGGUGUAUUUCUGCACUUGGUAUUAUAUGCCAAAAAAUAUAUCGAAAGAUAUUAUUUUUAUUAUUAUGAAAGCUCAACGUCCAGCUCUCUUGACAGCUGGAAGAAUCUUUGUUGUUAACAUGGAAACAUAUCUAAGUAUUUUAAAAACUUCGAUGUCUUAUCUUUCAGUUCUUCGAGUGAUGGUAAAUUCUUAAGAUUUUUAUAUUGCAGCAAAAUAAUUUAAAGACAUAAAAGAAUCCAAAAAUUUGUAUUAGUAUAAUAAAUUUAUAUUAGUGUAAUAAAAUACAAUAAAAUAUUAAAUGAUACAUUCUUAGUGAUCCAUUAACAUCAAAUACUCGAAUUCGAAUCUUUUUAGUAUUGAAAAUGUAUCCUCUCAGUAGACUGUAAUAAAUGAUGAUUUUCGAAAUGAAUAACAGAUGGCACUGUGAUGUUGUUUUAUGUGGAUAAU